AUGACUGCUCUAGAACUCGCGUUCCUGGACCCGAAAACCAUCAAGGACUCGCAGAUGGAUGAGGUAACUCACGUCGUGAGCAGGGCGUUUCAAGAUUUCAACACCUCCAUCGGCGCCCCCGUAGAGGUGUACGAAGAGGAGUUCGGACACCCUGAGACGGGCCCGGGCAUUAUUCAAAGCAUCUGCAAGUCACACGAGGCGUACGCGGUGGUGGCGGACGGCGGGGCCGGCAAGAUCGUGGGUGUGUCCUUCGUCGACGUGCACGCGAAAGGCUCGAGGGUGGCCUGCCUGGGGCCCGUGUCGUCCAUAGCCCCAGGUGCCGGCAAGAAGUCGUUCGUGGCCGCUUGCGCCUACGCCGAGGAGCUCGGUUUCUCUACCCUGGUCCUGAUGCAAAUCGCGGCCAACUCGCGAUCGUUCUCCCUGUACGCCAAGCUUGGGUUCGAGACAAAGCACACGUGCCAAUACAUGGGAGGAUUCUUGGAGCCGCCGUCUGAGGGGAGCCUGUCGCCCCCCCCCGCGCCUAGCGGGGUAACCCUAAAGGCCAUGGUCGCGGGGGAUGUCGAGGAAUGCGCGGAAAUGUUUCUCGAGGCACACGGGAAGGGCUGCGGCUGGGACCGCCGUGCGGAUAUCACCGGUUGCUUGGAGUCCGGCGCCCCGUUCCCGAUGCUGGUGGCCCGAGAUGCAGAUGGCAAGGUGGUUGGCUACACCACAGGGUUCUACCUAAUGGGACAUACCGUGGCGAAGUCGCAGGACAUCUUCUGCGACAUGUUCCGAGAGAGCUCGAAGCUGCACCAACAGGCUGGGCUGCCUUGCCCAAGGUUCCACUGUCCCGUGGAGUUCACGGGCCUCUUAUCGUGGGCGUUGGCGCAGAAAGGGCUCAGGAUUUUCCGGGCGACGAUAGUGAUGGCCAGAGGGCACUACGAGCAUACCCCGUGGCAGGACGCCAUCGGGAACGUCGUUGCCCCAAGCGCCAGCGGUCACUGA